AUGGGACUAUUUUUUUUACGAACCGAAUCAAGUUUUUUCAAAGAACGAACAUUCUUAACCCUUAUGGCAGGCCUUAUUAUGGGCUAUUUUUUAGCUCAACUAGUAUCCUAUACAUUAGUGUCCAAAACCCCACGUCCCAUUGGUAUUCAUAAACUAUUAAAACCAUUAAAUGCAUUUAUUCAUCCGCUGAAUUCAAUGGAAAAUUCAACACUAGCUGAUCAGCUAAAAAGGGAGGUGCGUGUGUUAUGCUGGGUUAUGACCAGUCCAACCAAUCAUCAGACGAAGGCGUUGCAUGUAAAACGAACCUGGGGCAAGCGUUGCAAUAAGCUUCUCUUUAUGAGCACUGCCAAGGAUGAGGAGCUAAACGCUAUCGCCCUGCCAAUGGGUGAGGGCCGCAAUUAUCUGUGGGGCAAGACCAAGGAGGCGUAUAAGUAUAUAUACGAGCAUCACAUCAACGACGCCGAUUGGUUCUUAAAAGCAGAUGACGACACCUAUACGAUCGUGGAGAAUAUGCGCUAUAUGCUCUAUCCCUAUAAUCCCAAAGCUCCAGUCUAUUUUGGCUACAAAUUUAAGCCGUAUGUGAAACAGGGCUACAUGUCCGGUGGUGCUGGCUAUGUGCUCAGCCGGGAAGCAGUACGUCGCUUUGUCGUAGAAGCUCUGCCCAAACCUGAACUAUGCAAAGAGCACAACUCAGGCUCUGAGGACAAAGAAAUGGGAAAAUGCUUGGAGAAUGUUAACGUUGUGGCGGGUGAUUCCCGUGAUAGCAAUGGCCGUGGUCGGUUUUUUCCAUUUAGGCCGGAGACUCAUAUGCUUGCGGAUCCUAAAGAAAAUGACUGGUGGUAUUGGCAGUUUAUGUUUUAUAAAACAGAUGAUGGUCUUGACUGUUGCUCAGAUAAUGCCAUUUCUUUUCACUAUGUGCCGCCUAUGUUAAUGUAUGUCCUAGAUUAUCUUAUUUAUGGUUUAAAGCCCUUCGGAAUAGACAAAAUAUCGCAAGCCUUGGCAGCAAAACUGAAAGUAGGUGAACUGACAAGGGCUACAGUUAAAAUUAACGAUGCUAAAAGUGAAUCUAACUAA